CGGCGCGGGGCGGGGCGGGGCGGGCCGGGCAUGGCGGCGGCAGGGCUGGCCGGGCUGUUCGCCGUGUACAAACCGGCGGGGGUGGCGUGGGGCCGCGUCCGGGAGGCGGUGGAGACGCGGCUGCUGCGCGAGCUGAACGCGGCGCCGGGACGCGCCCCGAGACAGCGAAUCCGAUUCCUACCGGCCCCGGCCCCGGCCCCGGCCCCGGCCCCGGCCCCGGCCCCGGCCCCGGGCGGCGGCGGGGCCGUGGAGCUGGUGCCUGCCAGGGUGCCGGUGCUGGCCGACCACCCUCUCGUCCGAGGUCCGCGGUUCAGGAAGCUGAAGAUCGGAGCAGGUCACCGGCUGGAUGUGAAGGCCUCGGGAGUCUUCGUGCUUGGCAUCGGCCACGGGAACAAGCUGCUCACUGACCUGUACAACUGCCACCUGACCAAGGUUUAUACUGUUGGUGGGCUUUUUGGUAAAGCCACUGAUGACUUCUCAGACACAGGGAAUUUAGUAGAGAAGACAACAUUUGAUCAUAUCACAAGGGAGAAGCUGGAGCGGAUUCUCGCUGUCAUUCAAGGGACAAACCAAAAGGCCCUGCUGAUGUAUUCUAACAUUGAUAUGAAAACACAAGAGGCAUACGAGCUGGCUGUCAAAGGGUUGAUUCGCCCCAUGGGAAAAAGCCCCCCGAUAAUCACAGCAAUCCGAUGCCUCCAGUUUGCACUUCCAGAAUUCCAGCUAGAAAUCCAUUGCUUGCAUGAGACUCAGCAGUUCCUCCGGAGGAUGGUUCAUGAGAUUGGUCUGGAGCUGAAAUCAUCUGCUGUGUGCACACAAGUGCGGAGAAUACGCGACGGCGUUUUCACGGUGGACGACGCUCUCCCGAGAACCCAGUGGAACCUGCAGAGCAUCCAGGAGGCGAUUCGGAACUGUCAGCUCAAAGUGGAGACAGAGCUGGAGAAAACACUGGGACCUGGGGGGAACAGUCCUCUUCAUCAGCUGGAUGGGGACACAGCUGAGCAUGGUCUGCAGGAACGUCCAUCAGCAAUCCCUGCAGCACAAUACGGCGGCGAUGUGCCAGCAACGUGAUGGACAGCAGAAGGAAAGAGGUUAAUGGCAGUUCACUUCCACCCUUUCCUUGAGAUGACUUUUAUCACAGGCUUGGUUGGGUUUUUUUUUGGUUUUUUUUCCCAGUGACAGGCUGUAUCUUUUUUUUUUUAAAGCAUCACAAACAGUUCAUUAACAGGAGGUAGCUGUGCCAAAAUUCCUGUUGAUUUUAAGAACAUUGGGUUGCUAAGGGAUAUAAAAACCCUUUCCCGAAUUGUUUAGCAGCAGGAAGUAUUGUCUUAGAAAGCUGUAUUCCCUUGGCUGCACAGAUUUGUUCCUUGCAGCUGGCAGCACAACUUAUCUGCUGUAUGGAUUUUAUUUUCCCUGUGUUCUCCUGGAGUAUUUUCUUUCCAUUAGCCCUGCUCUCAGACACAUGAGAGCACAAAACUGGGCUAAAGGAGGGAUGUGCAGGAAAAAACACAGCUUACCCAAAGCAAUGCAAGGAAAUGGCUUUAUCCAGAGUAGGCAUGUGGUGAAAAGUGGCUUGUAAUGGGGACUAAUGCACAGGAUACACAAAAAAUAAAACAGAAAAUGACCC